AUGAGCCGUUGCUGCUCUCUUGGGCUCUGUGCUCCGAAUCCUUUUUCCUCUCUCUCCUCGAGACCUCGCAGUGUCAAAGCUCCUCUCAGUAUUACAUCUCACUCCAAACCCAACUCUAACACCGAGUCUCUUCUUCAUAAUGUCACCAAGAUGAGAGCAAAAGCCGGUGAUUUCUUUGGACCAAAGAAGACAAUCUUGGCAGCUCAACUCGGGACAGUCCUUGCCACGAUUGAUCAUCCGGCGUUGGCAAUAACAGGAGUCAACCACGAGCAAGAACUGAGCAGCGUAGUGCUCGACAUCGGAGUCAUAGCCGUUUGGUACUUCCUCGUAAUGCCACCAAUCAUCAUGAACUGGCUGAGAGUAAGAUGGUACAGAAGAAAGUUCUUCGAGAUGUAUUUACAGUUCAUGUUCGUCUUCAUGUUCUUCCCCGGGCUACUGUUAUGGGCACCAUUUCUCAACUUCAGAAAGUUCCCAAGAGAUCCAUCUAUGAAGUAUCCUUGGGACAAACCAAAAGACCCUUCCUCUAUCAAAAACGAUUACCUCAAAUACCCAUUCGCAAAGCCUGAAGAUUACGACUACUAA